AAAAUCUGUCAACUUUAAUUAAUGAGAUCCAUCAAGUUAAAAGUUAAAUGGUUCAACCGGUAAUUAAUCGGGCAAUUAAUCGAUUUAAAAUCGGUUAGCUAAUUUGAUUAAUCGUUUUAAAAUCGGUUAGCGAUUUACCGAUUUAGUUAAAAUUGUUAGCUAUUACAUGUCAGUCAAUAACCCACUAGUAACUCUAGCAUGAUCAGCCGCCUUUUCAUUCCUAAGGCUGUCGCGAAACCGCAUCAGUAUCUUAAAGUCUCUCUCUUCUCCACAUCGCCGCCGGAGAUAACGCCACCGUUCAUUCACAAAUGCAAGACCAUUUCACAGCUCAAGCUCAUUCAUCAGCAACUCAUUUCCGCCGGAAUUCUAACUCUGAAUCGUACUUCCCACCUCAUCUCCACCUACAUCUCUCUCGGUUGCUCAUCUGCUGCCGUAUCUCUCCUCCAUCGCUUUCCUCCCUCCGAAGCUGGUGUCUACCACUGGAAUUCUCUUAUUCGUGUCUACUGCGAUAAUGACCGCGUCAGUGAAUCCCUCUCUUUGUUCCGUCUUAUGCAUUCUCUGUCAUGGACGCCGGACAAUUACACAUUCCCCUUCGUCUUCAAAGCUUGCGGCGACAUUUCCUCCUUUCGUUGUGGAGUGUCUGCCCACGCGCUUUCUCAGUUUACUGGAUUUAAUUCCAAUGUCUUUGUGGGGAAUGCGCUUGUCGCUAUGUAUUCCCGUUUUGGUUCAUUGGCUGAUGCACGAAAGGUGUUCGACGAAAUGUCUGUUAUUGGUGUUUGGGAUGUUGUGUCGUGGAACUCAAUAAUAGAAAGUUAUGCAAAGUUAGGCAAACCAAAGAUGGCGCUUGAGAUGUUUAGCCGGAUGACCAAUGAGUUCGGAUUCAUGCCUGAUGAUAUUACCUUUGUGAAUGUUAUUCCUCCUUGUGCUUCCAUUGGUGCUCAUUCAUUCGGAAAGCAAAUGCACGGUUUUGUGAUCACAAGUGAGAUAAUACGUAAUAUGUUCGUAGGAAAUUGCUUGGUCGAUAUGUAUGCAAAGUGUGGGAUGAUGGACGAGGCAAACAGGGUGUUCUCGAACAUGACGUCAAAGGAUGUAGUGUCCUGGAAUGCUAUGGUUGCUGGGUAUUCACAGAUUGGAAGGUUUGAUGAUGCUGUUAAGUUAUUCGAGAAGAUGCAGGAAGAAAAGAUAAAAAUGGAUGUUGUUACUUGGAGUGCUGCUAUCUCAGGGUAUGCCCAACGAGGGCUUGGAUAUGAAGCAUUGCGUGUGUGUAGGCAGAUGUUGUCUUCCGAGAUAAAACCAAAUGAAGUCACUCUUAUUUCGGUUCUUUCAGGUUGUGCUUCUGUUGGAGCAUUAUUGCAUGGUAAAGAGAUUCAUUGUUAUGCCAUCAAACAUCCCAUAGACUUGUGUAAGAACGUUCUUGGUGAUGAUAAUAUGGUCAUUAAUCAAUUGAUUGACAUGUAUGCUAAGUGCAAGAAAGUUGAUACUGCCCGUGCUAUGUUUGAUUCACUUUCUCACAUGGAAAGGGAUGUUGUGACUUGGACCGUGAUGAUCAGUGGAUACUCCCAGCAUGGGGAUGCAAAUGAAGCUCUCAAACUUUUUUCGGAGAUGUUCGAGCAAGAUUCCAGACCUAGACCAAAUGCUUUUACUAUAUCGUGUGCCCUUGUGGCAUGUGCCAGUUUGGCUGCAUUAAGAAUUGGCAAGCAAAUUCAUGCAUAUGCACUGCGCAACCAGCAGAAUGCAAUACCGCUGUUCGUAUCAAACUGCCUAAUAGACAUGUAUGCAAAAUGUGGAGACAUUGGUAAUGGCCGGCUUGUGUUUGACAGCAUGAAAGGGAGAAAUGAAGUUACUUGGACAUCUCUAAUGACGGGUUACGGCAUGCAUGGUUAUGGAGAAGAGGCUCUUGGAAUCUUUGAUGAGAUGUGGAAAUUGGGUUUUAAGCUUGAUGGUGUUACAUUACUUGUUGUAUUGUAUGCUUGUAGCCAUUCGGGAAUGAUCGAUCAGGGCAUGAAGUAUUUCAAUAGAAUGAAAACUGAUUUUGGGGUUAGUCCUGGCCCGGAGCAUUAUGCAUGCAUGGUUGACUUGUUAGGUCGUGCUGGACGGUUGGAUGCAGCUUUGCGUCUUAUUGAAAAAAUGCCAAUGGAACCUCCUCCUGUGGUAUGGGUUGCUUUGCUCAGUUGCUGUAGAAUCCACGGAAAAGUUGAACUCGGGGAGUAUGCCGCUAGAAAAAUAACAGAAUUAGCAUCUAAUAACGAUGGAUCAUACACGUUGCUCUCAAAUCUAUAUGCAAAUGCAAGGCGUUGGAAAGAUGUGGCUAGGACCAGAUCAUUAAUGAGACAUAAAGGAAUUAAGAAAAGACCAGGUUGUAGCUGGGUCGAAGGAAUUAAAGAAACCGCUAAGUUCUUCGUAGGUGAUAAAACUCAUCCACGCUCUAAUGAAAUAUACCAGGUCCUCUCAGAUCAUAUGCAACGCAUCAAGGACAUUGGUUAUGUUCCUGAAACAGACUUUGCUCUGCAUGAUGUGGACGAUGAAGAAAAGGGUGAUCUUCUUUUCGAGCACAGUGAGAAAUUAGCUCUUGCUUACGGUAUUCUAACAACUCCUCAAGGUGCAGCUAUCAGGAUUACUAAGAAUUUACGGGUAUGUGGUGAUUGCCAUACCGCAUUUACAUACAUCUCCAGAAUCAUUGAUCAUGAGAUUAUAUUGAGAGACUCGAGUCGCUUCCAUCAUUUUAAAAAUGGAAUGUGUUCAUGCAAAGGUUAUUGGUGAACCAGAUAAUGCUUUCUCUCUUUGAUUCACAUAUUCUGUUCGGAGGAUAUAAAGUUCUUAAAUACUAAAACAUCCCAUUCAAAGCAG